UGAUGCGGCGGGGCGGGGCGUGCGCAGCCUGUCGCCUCGCCGCGAUUCGGACCCGUUCCAGGUCGGAAAGCGUCCGCAGAUCACAAUGCAUCCUUACCUUGUCAGCCCGAACACCGCCCACCCCUAAAACCGGGGGGCGGGGGCGGGGGUUAAAAGAGACGCGCUUUUAACCGGCGGUUUAAAGAACGAGGGAAGGACAUGUAACUAGAGGAAGCUCACACACAAGCGAAGCCUCCUCUGCUGUCUCCUUGAACACCAGCAAUGAAUGACAACAACAAGUCGAUAAAAGUCGAUAUCUCGCCUUUAUGUCUCAGAGAGUUACUGGGCACCAAGACGGCAGUUCAACUCUGGCCACUGUAAUCCUCGACAAGAGAGCCCCACACCAGCUUGCAAGGUCAAUGAUGGACAUCCUGGUGGAGGGGCACAGGACUAGAUGCCUGUUUGACACGGGCAGCACUGAGAGAUUUAUUGACCUGGACACAGUGCAACACUGUGGACUCGUGACACGGCCGGAAGUCUGUCACUGGGACCACCCUACCAGCUUGGCUAACAUCCCCAGGGCCAGUGCUGCUCCGGAAACAUGAGGAGUAAUAAAUACUUCCCGCUAGUCGAGAGGGUUCACCUUCUACAUGCGAACCCCCAGUAUGCCUACGUGGUCUUACCUGAUGGGCGGGAGGACACGGUCUCCGUCUGCGACCUGGCGCCCGCAGGAGCAGCAGACCACUACCCCGAACACUCCACGGCUCAGCCAAAGUUUUUCUUUCACAGUUAGAUUCCUAACUCUUCCCUGACAAGCAAACAACAGAUGAUGUCACCUCGAUUGGUGACGAGAGAUUUACAACCAAACCUCCAUCCAGGCUCAGCAAGUGGCACUACAAACAAGCUGGAACAGAGUGUCUCCAAGUAUCGAACAUGACUUUCUAAAUCUUCAGAAGUCGAAUCGAUGCGAGAUAAGUGUUCAGCAUGUUCGUCCACUCUAUCGUUGAUCUGAUCCAGUUUGGCUUCCAGCUGUUUGAAAGCGGUUCUAAAUUCCUUUAAAAUAUCGUCGCUGUGCUGUUCCAGCGCAGCGAAGGUCUCAGAAGGCAGAGCUGGAACUUCCUUUCUCCCGGUUUUAGAACUCUUGCUAGACAUUGUAAGGUAGAUGUGUUCACAGGCCUGCGAUUGGUGUAAGCAUAUUCACCACACUAAAGACAAUGCGGAUACCAGUGACAGUGAGAGCAAGAUACAGUUCUGUAGCAUGAAAUGCUUAAACCAGUACAAGAUGGAUCGAUUUUACAAAGAAGCUCCAUCUAGCCUGCCAAUGGAUGUUACAGACUCUCCAUCCCCUAUAAUAACAAACAAUAAAUUGGAGAAUGGAGUGACGCAGCUCAUUACAGCAGAGGCUUGGAAUAUCAAUCCUACAGGUAUCAUGAGAAAAGCACUUUCCCCUUUAGUUGCAGUUCCAGCUUCUUCUAUAAUGACACCACAAACUGAACCUCCUAGUGGAGUGUCACUUAAGUUGGCCGCUACAGUACUCCAACCAAUUUGUUUAGGAGAUAAUCCUAUGGUCCUACCAAUCCACUUGCAGGUGGCUGGUAGUUCAACGCCACAGGUACCUCCUAGUAGUAAUGCUCCUUGGGUGAUGACUAAUCAAGGUGCAGUGCCACUGUCUGUACUACUGGAGCAGCAUUUGAUUCAACAUUUAAAUUCUCCACUUCUGUUGACUUCACCUACCCAGAGUCCUGUGAACUCUGCCCAGAACCACAUUCUUCAAGGUGCUGCUGGUUCUUACAUUCAGACCCAACCACUGGGCCAGAAAUCCUCAAAUCAAGCACCAGAGUAUGACUUGACACCACCCCUUCAGAUCCCUGGUUUUCCUACAGUUCUGCAGGACUUCUUUCCUCCACACAGCAUACCAUCAGUCCCAAAUGUUCAGUUGGGCCCUGAGAAUAUGUCCACGGGUUUUUCCUCAUUUCAGCACCAAAACCUUGGUGGUCUGCUAUCUCCAUUAGUUCCCCCUGCCACUCUUCUUGUUCCAUAUCCAGUGAUAGUUCCUCUUCCUGUCCCAAUACCAAUUCCCAUCCCCAUUCCUAUCCCCAUGGCCAAGGAUUCAGAUCUUAACAAACAAGCAGACACGCAGAGGAAAACUAACUUAAGUAAUAGCACCACAAACAGAGCAACCCAGACAUCAACUGAAAAAGAACAAAAAAUCUCAGAGUGUAUUCAGCACCAGGGAGCACAAGAUUAUCAACACACCAAUUGCAAGUUCAAUGCUGAAGCAGAAGCUCUUGAUCUUUCAAUGAAAAGAACAUUUGUAGUAAAGAAAAAUGAGUUUUUUUGUCAACAGAUUGAACAGGAUGGUGUGUUGGAUUUAUCAAUUGCAGCCCCCAAGAAACUGAAAGAAAGUCAGAACAUAUCAGGUAAUGCUUCUUCUAAUCCAUCAGCUAAUUUGUUGAAUGAACCUCUGUCACAUUCUAGCGAAUCCUGGUCCAAUGGAGUGCCACUGUUAAGUGCACAGAAAGUGGAAGGAGUGUUACACGCCUCAACUAAUAGCUGUGAGUUUUCUAGCCAGCAUAAGUGGGUAGUGGAUCAAAAUUACAAUAGAAUUAGAGAUGACUCGCGAGCUGGCAGUAAUACCGACACCUUGAGCAGCACGGAUACUACGAAAGUCAUUGUGUCUGUAAAAGAUGCCGGCCCAGCUAUUCUCUGUGGUAAAAUAAAAACGGUUGUUGGAGUAUCUACGAAAAACUUUUCCUACAAGACAGAUUUAUCACAGGAGUCUGUGUUGCAGUGUUAUGAUGUCAAAUCACAGCUUGAUCUCAGAGACAGCAAAAAAAACAAUAAAAAUAGAAGCAUAAAAUUAAAGAAAGUGAACUCGCAGGAUUUCCAUGUCCUUCCAAUAAAAAAACAACGAUUAGCUGCUUUUUUUGCAAGGAAGUAACAUUUGUCAUUUUACAGUACUUCAGGAAAUAAAUCCUGUUUUAUAUUUAAAAAAAAGAGCAAACUGGAAUACAGAUUAGGUCGGGGCAUCUGUUUUGAAAUGAAUUCCUGUCGUAAUGAAGUUUUGUGGAAUAUUUAUUAAAUAAGCUUUUGUUUGAACCUUGCCGACAGCUUGUAUUGAAACAAAAUUAGAAUAAUUUUCAGUCCCUCUCCUCUUCACACAGGAGCUUUGGUAAACGACGGCCAGUAGUUAAAUAAAAACAAUUACAAGGUGUAUUGUUUCAUAUCCGGAAAUAUUUCCUGUUGAACCCAUGACUCUGCAGGUGUUAAAUUUCUCUCCUGGCUUGGUUGAAUCGCUUGUUUAAAAGUCAGUUCACUUCAUUAACCUAUUUAAUGUCCAGGCUUGUGACUGGAAGCACCGCACAUCAGCCCACAUUAAAAUUAAUUAACUGUUGUUUCUUUGGUUUUUCUCCCUCUCCCCCAAGAGAGUGGUUAAUUUUGUUUGUAGUAUUUGCAGAAAUUAAAACAAAAUUCAUGAGGGCAACUGUUCCAUCUGAACCCCUUCAGUAGUUUAUGAUGUUAACGUAAAUGUUGUACUUAAUUUUAUUUCACCAUAUUACAUGUGCCUAAUUUAGUAUAAUUUACAAGAAUGAUAAAUGCUUGGAUUUCCACCUGAACAGUUAAAAGGAAUUGAUAAUGUGUUAUUUGUCCAUUGUUACUGCUGCAGUCUAACCCUGGGAGUCUCCAAUAGUGCUUUAACAGCCCAAAUGGCCAAUAAAUUGGUAUCUUUUGUAUCGUUCUGAAAUUCUGACUCUCCAGUAAUCUGAAGAAAACAAGUUUGACAAAUCUGCAAUUGCCCACAGAAGUAAAAUUUGCCAAAAGGCAACAGAACUGUCAGUGUAAACAUGUUUGUAUCCAUAACUUUUUGUGUGCCUCAUUAAAUGAGAUGAUGUCUGCCCAGGGAUGAUCUUCCAUCUCCUAUGAUUAAUAUUCCAAGACGGUGAUUUCCAUAAACAUCAUGGAUCUUCAAGCUGAUUCAAUCAUCAGUCACUCAGUUUAACUUUGUAUGAAGGUCUCUUGAGGAUUCAUACAAAAGUACACUUGCAUUCUACCUAAGCCAAUCAUGUAACAUACAAGAAAUGUAGUGUUGGAAAUGUCAUGCAUCUCAUGUAGAAGUAUGUACUUCAAGAGAUUGAUUAAGAGUGGGUGAUAGUCAUAGUCACAUUAACUCAAACCCAGACAGCAGUUUCUGCAGUACUCCUGAGGGUGCUUGAGCAAUGUAUUGAAUAAUGAGCAUAUUGUACAUGAAUGCAAAGUUUUCACUUGUGUCUCCAUUGUCAUCAUUGCAAACAUGGACUGCACUGGUCACCAAUGCUUACUAUAGCAAGUUUAUAUCUCCUGUGUGUAAUUUAAAAAUAUAUUUAUUUUGUACAUUUCUUUCAAGACUGCAUUGUUUUCACUGGGCUCAGAUUAUCAGUUGCAAAAUCAAACUGAAUAAGGAGUAAGAUUAAAUGUUUAAGAUUAUUGCAAUACCUUCAGUAUUCUCUAUUCAGCCAAUUUAACAAAGCUACAGAAAAUGUAAGUCCUUACUUGGCUGGGAGAGUUUUUUCUUUUAAAUUUGUUUUGUGGAAAAAUUCAAUGUGAUGAGUAUAUUAAGUUUGCAGUUUAGUCAGAAUAGUUAAAAACCUAAUGACUACAAUACUUUGAAAACUGGCAUAUAACAAGACUUAUAAUUAAGCCUUCUUUCAAGAAUCCUGAACUUGAAAGUAAUAACUAAACUGUAUUCAUCAUCAAUUAAAUGAUUUUCUUUGAAAAUUAUGAUCAGUGUAGUGUUAGAAAAUUCAGUUUUAAAAAAAAAGUUGAGGGUAAAAGGUGAGAAUUUAUUAUGUAGCCAGAAUGUUAUCAAAAAUUAAUUUGUUUCAGAAAUAAAGUUUGUAUUGCAUUUUAAUUUUGCACUGUUUGAGAUGAAAGGCUGAACCACCAAAUUUACCAUAUUAUUUCAAAUUGUGCAGUAGUUUUAGAAACGUAUAAAUGGUUUUGGAGAAAAUUAAAAGCAUUUAAAAUGUCAAAUUUUACUUUCAAUUGAUAACCAUAUGCAAAUAGUCCUUCAAAAGUAAUUCUUUUUACACCCUUGUGGCAAGAAUUGACCAUGGAUUAAAAUGCAUGCACCACUAAUUUUGAAGAAAUUAUUAUGAAGGUAUUAAAGAGAUUUAAUCUCUUGAUGUGUGUAUACUGAACUGUACAAAUCUCGGACUGUAGUGCUAUUUUUGUUUCAGUUGUUCUUUAGGUGGGGUCAUUCCAUUUUUAUUUCUUCACUAUGAUGUAUGGUAUGUGGUAAUUUAAAAAAAAUAAAUCCUUUUUUGGCACAUUAAGUGUACAAUCUAAACCUUCAAUAGAAAUCAUUCUAGGAGCAGUUUUAUACAAGUCCAACUGUUUAUCAAAUUCUUAAUGCUUUUUUUCUGCUUAUAUUUGCUACAUUGAACCAGUUAUUUAAUCCCACAAAUUAUGUUUGUAGGGUAAUGUGUAACAGUUCCUGAACUUGGUGGUGUGGGACUUAGGCUUCUGUACCUCCUACCUGAUGGUGGUAGUGAGAAGAGAGCAUGGCCUAGAUGAUGGGGUCUUUGAUGGAUGCUGCUUUCUUGUGCCAACACUCUGUUGUAACUGGGCUGUAUCCAGUACUUUCUGUAGCCUUUUCCAUUCCUGGGCAUUGAUAUUUCUAUAGCAGGCCGUGAUGUAGCCAGUUAAAAUAUUCUCCAUUGUGCAUCUGCAGAAGAUUUUCAAUGCUUUAGGUGAAGUGCUGAAUAUAUGCAAACUUCUAAGAAAGUGAAAGUUUGCCGCCAUGCCUUCUUCAUGAUGACACUCUUCCCAGUUCAGAUCCUGUGAUGGUAACGCCAAAGAAUUUAAAGGUACUGACCUUCUCCAUGUCCAGUCCCCUAAUGAGAAACUGCCUUGUGCACCUCCAGUAGUCAAUAAUUAGCUCUUUCUUAAAGUUGUUCACUCAGUCCCUGUAUCUGCUGGCUCCACAUUCUUCAAUGGACAGGCUGCUCAUUCUUGCUGCUGCAUUCAGUGUCCUGUGGUCCUGGCCUCCAUUUUGCAGUGACUCUGGAUCUGCCUUUCACACAUCUGUCGGCUCUCUGGAUUUAAUUGCCCUUGGCUCCUGAGUUUCAUUCCUGUCUUGCCAGCUGGAUUACAGGUUCCAACAAAACUUAAUGGCAAGGCACCUUCCUGGCUCACUGUAUACAGCCCAUUCUUCCUCAAUUGUUUUCCCUUAAGUAACCUUAAGGCAUUAAAGACACUGCUCUAGUAAGUCUUGGGCUCCUUUCCUUUCCAUUUCCAUGAAAAUUUUGGUUGCUGCUCCACAACUAGAUAUUUUCCCCGUCAUUAGAUCUUCUCUCCUUGCAUCUUUCUGUCCUGAUACUUAAUUCUCCUUUCUUGAGCACUUUGCUUCCAAUUACUACUGUGAUUCUGCCUUCGUCUCCUACUUGCAUCUCAAACUUAACAACAAACUUUGACAAAUCUACAGCCACUCUGCCUCUCCUUUAUUUCCCAAGGGCUCCAGCAAGGCAUGUCUCACAAGCAAAAGCUUCAACUGCUCCACUUGCUUGUUAUUUUCUUGUUCAUUAUAUUUGCAGGGAGCCAAUUUCUCCUAGCCCCAUCUCCAAACUAUUCCCCAGUCAAACACUCCUCAUUCUUCAUCCACCUCUGAAUCUAUAAAUUUCACCAAUGGAUCACUCUCCCCUCCAAACAUGUACCAUAAAGACAAUUCACAUGACUGGAUACUGGGACGGAAAAUUUCAAUUGCAUUUAUUCAAGUUCUAGCAAUCAUAGCUUUUUGUUAGCUGUGAAUAUUCUAUCUGAAAGAGCUCAAGUAUCUUUAGUUGAAACUGGAUAUGGAUCCAACAUAGCUUCUGAGUUGCUAAUCAAUUGGCAAUAUUACUCAAGGAUUGACUUCUGAGAAUUGUAAAAAUGUCACAUUGGUGCAAAUGUAAAAGUUUAAUUUAGACAUUUCCGUAUCUAAGCACACUGUACCUAAUUUGGGAUUAGUAUGGACAUUGUGCAUGUUAUUUGGGUGCUGCGGUUAACAAGGUGAUAAAUCUUGGUUUGUUUAGAAUUACACUUAAUGAAAGUGCCAGGUCUAUGGUGUACUUGAUAAGAAUUUUUGAAGGAUUAUAUGAAAAGUGGCUAAGCAAAUGUGUUUAAGGUCCAUAUAGGGACCAGAUAACCCUUGUGCUGUGUUGAUUUUGGUUUGCCAUUCUGGCUUUGCCUUAUUCUUACCCCCCCCCCCCCCCCGUGAUAAUAGUAUAAAAUGUGCACAAUGAGCUGUUGAAAUCUGCCUUAAAUAACAGAAUAAGUGAUAGUAAGAUUAAUUGCUUAGCAAAAUGGAAUGAUAGUGUUUAGAAAAUGUUAUUUAUGGCAAAUUUUUAAAUGUAAUUUGUAUUUUAUUGUUAAACAUUGAGAGAAAUCUAUAUAUUCUAAAUUAAUCUUAAUUUUUUUUCAGAAGAUGGCCAAAUGAAUUAGCAUAGUUUGUUAUUCAGCAUCAUUGUAAAUGUGGUGUUCUUUAAUAAAUUAUUAUAUAUAGUUGUCAA